GUCAGACAGACGUCGUUCGGCAUUGGAGCCCGCCGCCGUCCCCUCUACUGGCCACCUGCCUCUCCCAGAAUAAAACAGGACAACACACACACACACACACAAAAGAAAUACAAAAAGAAACACGCUCCAGCAGAAGCAGCAGAGGACGAGGCAGCUGUUACCGGCAAAUUGAGCAGCUCUCACGCAGCCUCGGGGAAAGCUGGCCGCGCCACUUGCAUGGAUGCACCAUGGCCACGUUUGUGUGCAGGAUUCAGUUUUUAGACGACACCGAUCCGUUCAACAGCACCAACUUCCCGGAACCGACCAGACCGCCGCUGUACACCUUCAGGGAGGACAUCCCCCUCAUCAACCAGCUUGCGGGCAUCCACCGACUUCUCAAGGCUCCGCACAAGCUCGAUGACUGUGCCCUGCAGCUUUCCCAUAAUGGCACGUACCUGGACCUUGAGUCUUCCCUGGCCGAGCAAAGGGACGAGCUGGAGGGCUUCCAGCAGGAUGACACAGGGUCCAGAGGGAAAAAGCACAGUGUUGUUUUACGAACCCAGCUGACCGUCCGCGUCCACGCCUGCAUCGAAAGACUGUAUAACUCCAAUGGACGUGACUUGAGAAGGGCGUUGUUCUCACUAAAACAAAUCUUUCAGGACGACAAAGACCUGGUCCAUGAGUUUGUGAUGGCUGAAGGCUUGACGUGUCUCAUCAAAGUGGGCGCAGAAGCGGACCAGAACUAUCAGAACUACAUAUUAAGAGCUUUGGGGCAAAUAAUGCUGUAUGUCGAUGGGAUGAACGGCGUGAUUGGCCACACCGAGACAAUUGAGUGGCUUUACACGCUUGUCGGCUCAAAGUUCCGUCUCGUGGUAAAAACAGCGAUGAAGCUUUUGCUGGUCUUCGUGGAGUACGCCGAGUCCAACGCACCGCUGCUCAUAGAAGCCAUAGCCACAGUAGAUUCCAAGAGAGGUUGCAAAGUGUGGUCCAACGCCUUGGAGAUUUUGCAAGAGAAAGAUGGCGUGGACACGGAACUGCUGGUCUAUGCCAUGACCCUCAUCAAUAAGACAUUGGCAGCCUUACCAGACCAAGAUUCCUUCUAUGACAUGGUUGACGGUCUGGAGGAGCAGGGAAUGGAGACAGUAACCCAGAGACACCUGGGUCGGAAAGGCAUUGACCUGGACUUGGUUGAGCAGCUUAACAUCUAUGAGUCCACGCUCCGGCACGAGGAUGGCGACGAUGACGCCCAGCCAACGGGGCGACGGGAUCGCCGGCGGGCGAGCGUCGGGGGCGGGGAUAAGCGGUGCGGCUUGGAGAGGAGGCGGAGCCGCAGGGCUUCUCUCGGUCGAUCUGGUCAGGCGUCCCCCUGCAGUCCUGCAUCCCCGCAGAGAGCGGGCUUCCAUCCUUUUAACGGACAGAGAGCCGAGGAGAUAAGCGAGAGAGCACUUUCAGGUUGCCUUCCAUCCAUAGAUGAGGAAUGUGAGGAUGCAGUGAUAAAGAAGUACGAAGAAGAUGAGCCUGCACUGACUGAGUCUGAUUCAGAUGAAAACCAUGAUGCUUUUUUGUCUAGUCAGAGUAGUUCCAGCUCGGUUAGGCACCUUCCAUCCAUCAUUCAACGGACGAUCCAAUCCAUCACCAUCACAUCUAAACCCAUACACGAGCGGGACCCAGGGAAUUGGAAAGAAUCACCUCCUGCCAGCACCCUGAGCUCCCCCUUGAUGCCCGUGUCCCCUCCUCCCAUAACCCCUCCUCCCAUGCCCCCCCCCCUCGGCGCCCCCUCGCUUUUGGCCGCACUGUUGGCCAGGAAGAGGGUUACCAACACCGUGCCAGCCACCAAGGAGAUCAGCCCGCCGUUGCGUGGCAGCUCGUAUCUCUUCCCUGAGCACCCUCCCUACAAGCCCCACUCGCCCUUCCACCUCUUCUCCUACGACCUGGAUGAAGAGACGUCACCCCAAUCUCCAUCCAAAGCCUGUAUGGAGUCAGACAAUACGACACCUCCAAGAAACGGAGGUCUCAUUUCCUACUCGACUCAAAGGUGCCCCUCUACGCCCACCAGUCCCAGGCCUCCUCUGGGAGGUCUCCUGUCCUCCUCCUACCGGCAACACCAAGAGUCUUUGGCAGCCGAACGAGAGCGGCGCCGCAUGGAGAGAGAGGAGCGGCUGCAAAGGAUCGAACGGGAGGAAAGGAACAAACACAGCCGAGACUAUGUGGAUAAAAUGGAAGAGGCCAGAAUGGCGCGGGAAGAGAGGUAUAAGAACGUGGAGCGCCUGGCAGCCGAGGAGUACGAGAAGGAGCGCAUACCCCGCGGGCCGAGGAAUCGCCCCGACCUCGACCUCGACCUGACCUUCGAACCCUCCGAGACGUGGCCGUCGUCAAGGCGCAGCAGUACCCCAUCCUCCUUCGCCUCCCAGGAGGACGCCGAGGCCGACAACGAAGCAGAGCCCACCGCCAGCCCUUACGCACCCUCUGAAGCUGUGGAGGCCGAUGACUCCAGGGCCAGCGUAGAAGCUGAGGAGAAAGAGGAAGAACAAGAAGAGCAAGAGGAGGAGGAGGAGGAGGAGAAAAAGGAGGAAGCGCAGGAGGAAGCAGAGGUAGAAAGCGAGGAGGAAGGUGAGCAGCAGGAGCCUCAAGCGACGAAGGAGCACGAGGAGGCGGAGGAGGACAGCGGCAUCCUGAGCGACAAGGAGCGGCAGAAUGAGGAGGUGAACGAGAAGGACAACUGCUCGGCUUCCAGCAUCUCUUCAGCCAGCAGCACCCUGGAGAGAGAGGAGCGAGGGAACAGCGAGAAUGACCUCAAAGAAGAAGACGUAAACAAACAGUGCAGCAAACUUCUCAACAGCAAGCUCUUCAUGCUGGACAUGUUGUACUCGCAAAACAAGAAGCCCUGUGAGGAAGAGGAGGACGCAGAGAAGGAGAAAGAGGAAGGAGAGGAGGAGAACAAAGAGGAGACGCACAAGGACGCUGACAGACAGCCGAGCGAUGAAGAGACUGACGACAAACGGGAGGACAAAUCCGAGCAGCGGGGGAGCAUACGGCAGUUCGCCGAGCGCUUCGGAGACUUGAUCAAGGACAGUGGCUGCGCGCACCCUGACCUGGAUAGCGAAUCCAGUGAUCUAAUGGCACUUCCCCCUCCCAAAAAGGAGUCCGACACAAUCUGGGACCAACUCCUGGCCAGCCCUCGAGAGCUGCGCAUCGGCGACAUCAACUUCACCGACCUGACGGAGGACGACGACGUGGAUAUCCUGGAUGCCGUUCUGAUUGGCAGCUGCAGUGACCUCCCGCCCCCUCCGCCUCCUCCGCUUCCCCCUUCCUUCUUCCCCUCCUUCCCCCCACCCCCGCCCGCGAUCGCCACUUGUCCACCACCACCUCCCUUGUCCGGGAUGAUGCUUCCUCCUCCUCCUCCUCCCCCUUCGCUCGGCUCCCUGAUGCCAGUGGCUCCUCCUCCUGAGCCUCUUCUCUUCAACAAGAAGAAGAAGACAAUUAGGUUAUUCUGGAAUGAGGUACGUCCAGAGUUGCCAUGCAGGGACUACAAGAGGAACGGAGACUCCGUCUGGUCCAAACUGGAUUCAGUGAAAUUAGACACAGCCAAACUGGAACAUCUGUUUGAGUCCAAGUCAAAAGAAAUGCCUGUGACUAAGAAAACGGCGGCGGACAGCAAGCGUCAAGAGAUCAUCGUAUUGGAUUCCAAAAGGAGCAACGCCAUCAACAUCGGUCUGACCGUUCUGCCUCCCCCUCGCACCAUCAAGACGGCCAUCCUCAACUUUGAUGAAUACGCGCUCAACAAGGAGGGCAUUGAGAAAAUCCUCACGAUGAUCCCCACGGAGGAGGAGAAGCAGAAGAUCCAGGAGGCUCAACUGGCUAAUCCUGACACCCCGCUGGGCUCAGCCGAGCAGUUCUUGCUCACUUUGUCCUCCAUCAGCGAGCUGUCUGCCCGACUUCAGCUGUGGGCCUUUAAGAUGGACUACGAGGCAACUGAGAAGGAAGUAGCUGAGCCACUGCAGGAUCUAAAAGAGGGUAUGGAACAACUGGAGAAGAACAAGACUCUACGGUACAUCCUCUCCACGCUGCUCGCUAUCGGAAACUUCCUCAAUGGAACCAACGCUAAAGGUUUUGAGCUGACGUACUUGCAGAAGGUGCCAGAAGUGAAGGACACAGUCCAUAAACAGUCGUUGCUGCAUCACGCCUGCUCCAUGGUGGUGGAGAACUACCCUCAAAGCACGGACCUCUACUCGGAAAUCGGAGCCAUAACACGUUCCGCAAAGGUGGAUUUCGACCUGCUGCAGGAGAACCUGGGUCAGAUGGAGCGCCGCUGCAAAGCCUCGUGGGACCACCUGAAGGUGAUUGCCAAGCACGAGAUGAAACCGCAACUCAAGCAGAAGAUGUCGGACUUCCUCAAAGACUGCGUGGAGAGAAUCAUCAUCCUCAAGAUUGUCCACCGCAGGAUCAUCAAUAGGUUCCAUUCGUUCCUGUUGUUUCUGGGGCAUCCGGCAUACAGCACGAGAGACAUCAGCGUGCACAGGUUCAGUAAGAUCCUCAGCGAGUUCGCUCUGGAGUACCGGACCACCCGAGACCGCGUGCUGCAGCAGAAACAGAAACGCGCCGACCACCGCGAGCGCAACAAGACGCGAGGGAAGCUGAUCGUGGACGUCGACGCCGCAGUGAGUUGUCACGCCAACGUGACCUCUUCGCCACACACUCAGUCUGAUGAUGAAGAGGAGCGCGAGAAUGGGAGAUAUGGUUCAAGCAGCGCCCCUAGUGGUUGCCAGGAGAGCGAGCAGCCCCAAGGUCUGGGCCACACGGAGGAUGCCGCUGAACAUGAGCAUAUGAAAGCGGUUUUGAGAACAAGCCUAAGCGGCGGCGAUGACAAGGACGUCAGCGCUGUACCGGGUCUGCGGACACGCACUCGAUCGCGACCAGGACGGGGAGGUGCCAGCUUGCGGGCGCGGACCCCGGCUGUGGAAGACGCUCAGGUGUGCGGAGACGACGCCGCAGAUGAGAUCAUGGAGCGCAUCGUGAGGUCCGCCACUCAGGCUCCAGGAAGUAGACCGCAACCUCGGGAGAGGAGGAGGUCUAGGGCCAACCGGAAAUCCUUGAGGCGGACCCUGAAGAGCGGUUUGACCCCGGAGGAGGCCUUGGCGUUGGGUUUAACCGAUUCUGGCGAGCCGCAGAUGUAAUCCACUCCCCUUUGGCCGCCUGUCCUCGUCGCCGUCGGCAACGUGGUCGCUGCCCGCCCGCCCGCCGGCUGCCUUUGCUACAUACUCUUCUAAUUGCACCAAGCAGAAGCUUCGGGUUUCUGUCAGCUGCUAACCUUGCCGGACGUGUCUGAGUAACAAAGUCAGUGUUUUUGUUGUUGUUGUUUUUCGGUUUUGUUUGUUUUUAAUGCUGCACAAAGACAAUCCUCCAGAGGAUGAGGUGAAGAAAAGGGAGGCGUUGCAUCAAGGAGGAAAAGCGAUGCUGCCCUUUGCAUUUUUUGGAAGAACCGUUAUUUAAAGACAUCACCGUUACUCCUAUUUAAGCUGUGAACUUUUAAUGACCCAAAGAUGAACUUAUCACUUCUACUAAGUUCCAAAAGUACCUUAAGACAUCCACACAAGAAAAGCAAACCUGAAAUGAUAACUUUGUGCAGGUAAAAAUGUUUGCUUGUUGCGAAUGUUUAAUAUGAAAGGUUUUCAAUUGGUUGUGUGCCUUUCUACCAAAAAAAAAAAAAAAAAAAAAAAAAGGGAUGAUGCUGUAUUGCUUUACUCACCUGCUUCUGUUAUCUGUUAAGUUCCUCAGUGUUGCAGAGAGUUAAUUUUUCUGUUUGGGCGAAAAUGUUCUCAGUAUUUAUUUGAAAGCUCUCACUCUCAUUUUGUAAGCUUUUUGCACCUUACUAAGUCACUCUCACAGCUAAAGGGAGUUUUCAUUUUUGAGGAACAGUUUGUAAAGUGUAAAAAGAUUAGAUUUUUUUAGAUUUUGUUUUUUUACAUUUGUUAAAGUAUUUGAAGGACAUGCAGCAAAGACUGCAUAUGACGUGUACAUGUCAUUGUCAGCUGUGUGACAUGUUACAUCGGUGUUAGUAGUGUGCAUGUGUAGUGCGCUUCGAGUUAUUUUAUAUCUGUAGAAAGUUGUAUUAUAGUUGGAGCAAAAGAAAUAGUAGAGAAGAGCCUAAUCUGUAAAAUAUGAUUUAAAAAAAAAAAAAAAAAAAAAGCAAAUGGAAACUGUUGAUGUGGUCAUAUAGAGGGAAGUAUUAUUAUUAUUAUUAUUAUUAUUUAACUUUAUGAAGUUGAAGGAAAUGAAGGAUCUUCCCAACCUGGGAAAUAUCACCACAUGCAAGACCAUCAAGUCCAAACUGUCUCACUUGAAAUGCUGUUUGUAUGUGUUCUACAAGAAUAAACAUUAAAAAAGAAAAAAAAACUGUGAGGAAAAAAAAAGUGUUCGCACAUGAUUCCAUUCCAUUGUGUGCCACAAUUUCUUGAAAUUUUAUUUCACUUCAUAUUCAAUCCGUUUUUUAAAUGUACUUUCAUUUGCUGUUUAUCGCACCUCUCAGUAUGAUACGGUGCAUUUGUAUACAUCUGCAAACCACAGAAAGGAUUAAAAACAAUCAUGUGUAUCAAAUUUUGUGGUCAAUUAGUAAAUAUUAAAGAGUGACAUGUGGAACCAUGGAACCAUCCAUAACUUUGUUUGACUAAUACUAUAUAUAUAUAUACUUGAACGUUUUUGGAAAACAAACAAACAAAAAAUGCAUUUCUAGCAAGUUAAAUAUGACCUGGGUUAUUAUACUAUUAGACUAACAUAUAAUCACCUCUCAAAAUGCAAUUGUACACCGAAAAAAAGAGAUCUUUUUUUAUUAUUAUUUUCACUUGCAUAUGACUAAAUGUGGGAAACUGUCAUUUUCUUCUAUUGUCCUCAAAAAUAAAUUAAAUGUUAGUUUUACACGC